CACGUUUCGUAACCGGCCCGAAUGAUCCCGAACGUCGCGCGUCCUUGGCAUCUCGUAACGCGACCCGCGUUUUAGUAUCAGGACGCGAGGAUUUUUUUCCCCGAACGUCUCUGCCGAAUCGUCUCCCGGGAGUCCCGAGAGAAAGAGAGAGAGAAAGAGAGAGAGAGAGAGAGAGAGAUCGCUCUCAGAAAAAAAGGCCCCGCCGCCCCCGCCGCGAGAAACGUCUGUCAACGGCUUAACAUGCUCACGACCGCCGUAAGGACCGUCGCCCGCCGCUCGUUCUCCACGUCGAGAUGGGCAGCAGCGCAGCAGAUGACCGUGCGAGACGCUCUGAACUCGGCCCUGGAUGAGGAGAUGGAGAGGGACGAGAAGGUGUUCCUGCUCGGCGAGGAGGUAGCGCUCUACGACGGUGCGUACAAGGUUUCCCGGGGUCUCUGGAAGAAGUACGGGGACAAGCGUGUCAUCGACACGCCGAUUACGGAGGCUGGUUUCACCGGCAUCGCGGUGGGAGCAGCCAUGGCCGGCCUGCGACCAGUCUGCGAAUUCAUGACGUUCAAUUUCUCGAUGCAAGCGAUCGAUCACAUUAUCAACUCCGCCGCCAAGACGUUCUACAUGUCCGCGGGUAGAGUCAACGUGCCAAUCGUGUUCCGCGGUCCCAACGGUGCCGCCGCGGGCGUAGGGGCGCAACACUCGCAGUGCUUCGGUGCCUGGUACAGUCACUGUCCCGGGUUGAAAGUGGUGUCACCUUACAACAGCGAGGACGCCAAGGGUUUGCUCAAGGCGGCCAUACGGGAUCCCGAUCCGGUGGUGGUGCUCGAAAACGAAAUACUGUAUGGCGUACAGUAUCCUAUGUCUGACGAGGCUUUGUCCAAGGACUUCGUCUUAUCCAUCGGCAAGGCCAAGGUGGAGCGGGUGGGCAAUCACGUGACGUUGGUAGCACAUUCCAAGGCUGUCGAGGAGGCUCUCGAAGCGGCCAACGAACUUGCCGGGAAGGGAAUCGAGGCCGAGGUGAUUAAUCUACGUUCUCUCAGGCCGCUGGACAUGGACACCAUCAUACAGUCCGUGGUGAAGACGAAACACCUGUUGACGGUCGAGCAGGGUUGGCCGCAGUGCGGCAUCGGCGCGGAGGUCAGCGCGAGAAUCGCCGAGAGCGAGGCUUUCUAUCAUCUUGACGCACCUGUGAUUCGUAUCACGGGAGUCGACACACCUAUGCCGUAUGCGAAAUCGCUGGAGAUAGCGGCCUUGCCACAGAUCAGAGACAUAGUGAACGCCGUUAACAAAAUGUUAGGAGUCACGCAGUAGUCAAUUGCAAGUUACAUAGGUGAAAUUACAAUAUUUCUACGCGGUUUUCCUGACACGCCAGUUUUCCUGUCCCCAUCCCCCGCAUCUUUACCCCGGUACAGCGUACUUCGUCCAGCUAUCGAAUGAAUAAUGAAGUAGAAUAAAUGCAGAGAAAUAAAACAAAGUGGCAAGUAAGUACAAAAUCUCCGUUCAGUAAAGAUAAUACUCUGUCGCCAUUGGGUAGAAUAUUUUGGAAACAUUUCCUUAUAAGUUUUAUUUGCGUAGAAUUCUUACGAGAAAGUACAUUUGGACAAAAAAGAUACUGAUUAUAAUUGGCCGUGUUCCGAUGUACUGCCACUUCAGUACUGCCAGUACUGAAAAUUUAUAAUUUCGUUGCGUGUACUAUGGAUUUUCGGUGUAUAGAUUUGCAGUGCAUAUCGGAAACGUAGCCAAUGUAUAAACGAGGUUUAAAUGUGCUUCUUAAAACUAGCACGCAAAAUGUGCGAUGUGUAUUCUGUACAUUGAUAUACAUACGAUGUUAAUACUGUUAUUAGACAAUGCGAUAAUAAAUGUAAAUACCUAAGGAAAAAAUUAGUAAGAAUAAGUAAGAAA